UCAUUUCAACUUUCAUCAUUUCUUAAACAGCAGUGAAGUGUCACGAUGUUAUGUUGACCCUCUAAGCAUUAUCUUGCUCUUCCUAUGAUUAUUUCUUGAUAUUUAGAAUCAAAUGUGUAAUGUGAUAGUGAACGAAAAUAAUCAUCGUAGUAAUUCAAGCAGAGUCGUUAAAUUAGCUUAUAGAUGAAACACUUCCAAUCUUCAGUUACAGCUAUUUUAAUAGUUGAUCUGCUGGCCACUUCAGGUGACGUCACAUUAUCAUGGACUUCCCCGAUGUACCCAAAAUUGUACUCCAACGACACAUCUGUCAACCCUCUUGGAAGACCAAUAUCACCUGACGAAGAUUCUUGGAUAGGAUCAUUACUCAACCUAGGGGCCAUCAUCGGGCCCUAUCCCUACGCAAUAAUAGCGGGAAAAAUAGGAAGAAGAAUAGCACUUUUAGCGGUAGCUCUACCCCAAAUCAUUUCGUUCUUAAUCAUGGCGUUCGCAAAACAUAUCUACUUAUUUUACUUCGCCAGGUUUCUCGCAGGCCUGGCUGUAGGGGCAGGGUAUUCUCUGUUGCCCAUGUACAUAGCAGAAAUAUCUCGGGAUGAUAACAGGGGAGCCAUGUCCCUAACCCUCAACGUGUUUUGGGCUAUCGGCAACUUUUUGCCCUACGUCCUCGGUCCCUUUUUGACAGUGUACUGGUUCAACACGGCGCUUGCCAUCAUACCCAUAACGUUCCUGGUGUUGUUCACCAUUUCUGUGCCAGAAUCCCCGUAUUAUCUCGUGGAAGUUGGAGAAAUAGAAAAAGCUGAGGAGACCAUUAUGCUGCUGAGGUCUCUCAGUAAGGAAGAAGUCCAAGAGGAACUUUCCAGCAUCAAGGCGUACUUGAAGCAGACCGAAGACGGAAAUUUCUGGGACAUCAUCAAAGAUAAAACUCUUAGGAAAGCUUUACUCAUAUGUUUAGUCCUGAUAGUCUCACAAGAGCUCUCCGGAUUUUGUGCUAUAACUUACCACCUGGAGCCGAUAUUCGAAUCUGCUAGCACCAAUAUCUCUGCUGACUUAUCAGCUUUCAUCGUCGGUUUUGUCCUCCUGAUCUCGAGCUUCGUAGCUCCUUUUCUGGUCGACCGAGCAGGAAGAAAGGCUCUCAUCAUUUGCUCUUGUCUCGGCAUGUGUCUGGCUCUCACUCUGCUGGGAAUUUUCUUCCAUAUUCAAGACCUCAACUACUGCACCAAGUCGAUAAACUGGAUACCGAUAUUCAGUUUGAUGUGGUAUAUCGUAUUUUUCAAUCUGGGGAUCUGUUCCGUACCGUGGACGCUCACUUCUGAGUUAUUUCCGAACAACGUUAAGCAAAUUGCUUCGUCGACAAUCACCAGUUUUUGCUGGGUGACUUCUUUCACCACUACUAAGACUUUCAACGACAUGAAUCAGUGGAUCGGAAAAUCCGGGACAUUCUGGGUUUUUGCAGUUUCGUGUCUAUGUUGUGCCAUUUUCAGUAUAUUUUACGUCCCAGAGACAAAAGGGAAAAGUUUCAGUGAGAUCCAGAAUAUGUUACAAUCGGUGAAAAUUCGAGAAGUAGAAAUAGAUAAGAAAUCUGGUGUGAUUAAAGACGUUGAGAAAGGUAUUUACUUAAAUUAACUGUGAUACAGUAAAUAAACGAAUUUUAGAUAAUAUUUCAUUGUAAAUAAGAGAAUAAACAUAAUGAUUUCAACAAUUUUAAUAUUUCACUGCCGGAAUUUUUUUGUUCAUAACUCCUUCACAAAAAUUGUAAAUAUGUAUGAAAUUUCCAACGUUUGAAAGCGAAUUACAGUGUGUUUCCUAACUACGAUACAAAACUAUAGAGGGUGAUUCGUUAGGUUGUUAGUCGUUAGUUAUGAAACACCCUGUAUAUAUUAUACUGUAUAUAUAAUACAGACAAAAAAGAUUGAAAUAAUUCAGGAUUUCAUUCAUAGUUUUUAAGUUGUUAUUAACGAAAAACUAUUUCGUGUGUUAUGAAAUUAAUACAAAUAUGUUUUCGCUGAACUAUUGCUCACAUUUUAAGAGCUUUAUGC